GCGGUCACCGGUGACCGCAACCUAUUGUUCUAUAAUUGUGUCUACAAAACCGGUACUCGACGAGUUAAAUAAAAAAGCUAUCCAAUAAAAUGGAAGAAAGCACCACUGUCGAUGAUGCUAAGACUGUGCAGCUUCUAGCUAAGGGUAUUAUGGAAAUGUAUGAACCACCUUUGACGACCAUAAAUACUCAUUUAAAAGAAUUAACAGAAAAGCAAGAGGCAGUCCAAAGUAUGCUCACCUCAGAGAAGAGAAGACUAGAAGAUUUACAAAACGAUGUUAUGCUUGAUGCAUUGUUGGCAGACAUUGCAACAAACAGAGAGAAACUCGUCACAAUAUCUAACUCUAUGAUGUCAUUGCAUAAAAGGGUGCAGUCAUUACAGAAUAGAGCAGCAAAUGUAGAGAAAGCAGCUAAAGUUAAGGCAGCCGCUAACAAACCACCUGCUUCAAGUAGCUAGUGCCUCUAUGAAUGGUGAUCGAAGAGAGCUGAAUGAAUCUAAUUGUUUGACAUGCGUUAUGGUGAGUCUGACUUCAAACUUAUGUCAAUAGAGAAUCUAAGAUAUAAGAUUAUAGAAUUGUUUAAUUAGUUGUAGUUCCUUCAUAACAACGCCUUUUAUCCGCGAAGGUAGGCAGAGUUGCACAUUACGGCACUUAAUGCCACUGUACAAUGUAACACCCA